AAUGCGGUGCAUGAAUCGGUUUUUCCGUGCUCCUUUCGCCAAUUUUUGCAUUUUUCGCGUCGUCGGUGUGUGCGCAACUUUGUCUAUCCGAUAUUGUACUGGAUAUAGUGGAUUCCCAAAACUCUUGCCCUCAAGUGUGUACGCGUGAUGAAACUGGCCGUGCCAACCAAUCGGUAGCUUCCCAAAGAACUCUAGAUAAUGUACCAUUUUGGAAAGUAAACAGCAUGUCGAAGAUGUUGCAUUGCACUAAGGGAGAGAGUGAACUGGCGCUGCACAAUGAACAUGAAUUUGUGGAAGUCCUUCGCUUAACUACGGAGCUUAUUUAACUCAGGAUAAAACGAUACUUAGCCUCGGGCAAGCUACAUACACACGGCGAUCUACGAGACUACGAGUAUCCUCUAGCCACACAUCUGACUCCAGGUCCAGCUCCUCUGACCUCUGGUUCCAGUUCCAUCGUAAAAUUAAGUUUAAUUUGCUUGCUCGGGUACUGCCAGCAAUUGGAUCAAAAUGGGGAAACGUCAACGUAGCGAAUACAAGGACGAGGGCGCAUCAUCGACCGAAUCGAACGAUGACUCGUUGAGUCCAUCGAAGAUGCUCGGUGGGGAAGUUUGCUCGCACAUUCAAAAAGGCAUCGAUCUACCGACGAUACGGAAGCAAAUCAAAACGCAAGGCUAUCGCGGUACCUGCAAAAUGUGCGAUCAAAAUCCUUCCACCAAAGGCAGCGAGUCAACCACUACCAUCACAACCGAAGGGGGUGACGCGGACAAUACGCUCUGGCUUUGCCUAAAGUGCGGAUCGCAACUGUGUGGCAGAAACCGAAACCAGCAUGCAUUGUUGCACUAUCAGACUCCGCGUAGCGACAUGCAUGCACUGGUGAUGAAUACGACUACGUUCGCUGUUUGGUGCUACUUCUGCAACCUACCGAUCGAACCGUACGCCAAGCCGAAGUUGCUGGAUAUUGUCGAGUUUGCCAAACGGGAAUCAUUGAAGGUAAGGACGGGGUCGUCAACGGACAAGGCGACCAACGAGGUUACGAAUGAGCAGCUCCAAAUCACCACCGAAUCCGUACGCAAAAUGAUGAUCGAUGCGCUACAGACUACGGCUCCGAUCGCGGAAAGCUGCAACUUGAGCGAUGCCAAACGUGCGGAUAAGAAGGGAACUCCCGGGAGCUUGGGUCUAAGUUCGAGCGGAGCAGAUACGGUAGGCAAACCACAACUCCAGUUAGUGCCGUACACUAACGAGCACACAGUCAAUGGCACGACCACAAACAGCGGCCGGGUGGGUGGUGCAACGGCACUUCAAAGGACCGCCCUAGAUAGCCUGCCGCGCGUACGUGGUCUUGCUAACUUGCGCAACACCUGCUUCUUCAAUGCAGUGCUUCAGUGUUUGGCGCGAACACCCUAUCUGCUACCGAUUCUGCAGCAGUCGGCCGUGGAGGGCGAACGGGUGACCAUACCGGGCGGUGUGUUGCGGUUGGCCGAUGGCACUGACACCAUACUGUCACCGAUCGAAGGCGAACUGGAUACGUGGCGCAGUCUGACGGAUGCCCUCGCCAGCCUGCUGGCCGAGAUGACAUCCGGGGCUGAUGGUGUGCUCACGCCGAAACGGUUGCUCCACGAGCUCACCAGCAAGUGGCCCCAGUUUGACGGCGGUGAUCAGCACGACUCGCACGAGCUGCUGCGCCAUCUGCUCGAGAGCGUACGUACGGAUGAUCUGCGACGUUACCAGGUGUUAAUACUGCAGUCACUCGGGCUGGACAAACGCAAAAACCAACAAAACGUCGACGAGACGCGCAAGGCGAUGGUGAAGUUCUAUGGCGAGCAGAUAUCCCAAUGGGUGUUCCGACCGGAGCAAGUAUUUCGUGGUUCGCUCGUAUCCACCCUUACCUGCCAGGAUUGCCACAAUACGUCGUCGCGCCAUGAAUACUUCCUUGACAUUUCGCUGCCGGUGUGCGUGGAAAAGCCGCAGCCACCGGUGCGGCGUAAGAGCAGCCCCGAACCGCAGUCGCAGUCCGAACAGCCGUCGGCCCUGUCGAACGUAUCGUCAUCGGGUGCAGGCAAGCUGAGCAGCAAACGAGAGCGGGAGCGGGAAAAGAAAGCGAAACGGAUGGCGAAGCAUCAGAAGAACCGCAUCAACCUGUCCUCCGUUGGAUCGUCACCCAUGUAUUCCAGCCUAUCGACGACCAAGCAGGCCAACGCAGCCAGUGCAAAAGCGAAUGAUGAGGAGGAGGACGAGGAGGACGACGAUGGCGGUGGCAUGGGACAUAUCGUACCAUUGACGGACGUCGCGGCAUCUACACCGUACGCAGAUGUGACGGUAGCAGUGGAGGACGACAGUACUAUUUCUGCAAGAAGGUUGUGUUUUUCGGACGAGUCGAACGAACCUUCCGAUGCCGAUGUGGAGGAUAACGACAUAACCGAUGAUCCACUGUCCAAGGGAGAAGCGACCCGAUCCUUGACUAGCCCAGCGACUGUCGACCAGAACGGCAAUCAUACCGCGGGUCGUGCCGCAAUCGGGCCGGAGAAAUUGGACGAUACGCCGGAAAAUAGCAACAAAGAGCCGGAAACCAAUGUAAUCUGCGCAGUCAGUAUGAGUGCAGAGCGUUCGGCGCAGAUAGCGAAGCAGCUGCACUGUCUCAAAGAAAGUGGAGGGCGGCCGGGCACCGAACACCAGUACAGCGCAGAGGAUCUACUGGCUAAGCGGAAGGCGGCGGCGGGUGUGGUGGCGGGUCAGCGACAGCGCACCUACAGCUACGCCGACUGGAGCAACACGAUCGCGCCACGCUAUCAGUGCGAGGACGGCGAAUAUUCGGUGCAGUCGUGCUUCAACAAUUUCACCGCAGUCGAGCUGAUGACGGGCAACAAUAAGGUAACGUGCGAUGCCUGCACCGAGCGUAUCAACGGUAAGGGUGGCAAGGAUGUAAAGACGAACGCGACGAAGCAGUACCUGAUAUCGGUACCGCCAGCCGUCCUGAUACUGCACCUGAAGCGCUUCCAGGCCGGUCUGCGCGGCAUGUCGCGAAAGCUCACCAAACCGGUCGCAUUCCCGUUCGUGCUGGACAUCGCACCGUUCUGUGGAUCGAAGGUAAAGCGAGCGGCCCACAUACGCCCCGGGCAGAAGAAGAUCCUGUACGCACUGUACGGCAUCGUGGAGCAUUCGGGUUCGAUGCACGGUGGACACUAUGUGGCAUACGUGAAGGUGCGUCCCUCGUUCGGUCCGGAUGACGAACGGUGGAAGUUCAUACCGCAAGGCACGAAAGACGAGCUGGACCGCCGAUCCGAGCAGGAGAUGGCGAAGGAGCAGGCGUUGCGGAUGGGGGCUGCCGGUGGUCCUGUUGGUUGCUGUCUUCCCUCACCGGACAGCGAUGAUUCGCCGAGCUGCUGCUCCAAUCCGGAGGAUGACGUAUUUUCCUCGGACGCCGAGAACCGGCCAGCGCAACAACAGACUGGGAAGAAGCAGGAGCAGGAGAAUGAGGAGGAAGAGGAGGAGGAGGAAGGUGCAGUCGGGUAUAGGGCGAAGACGGCGGCCACGGAUGCGCAUGCUGAUAUUGCACCGCCACCGCCCGGUAAGUGGUACCACGUGUCCGAUAGUUUCGUGCGCGAAGUGAGCGAAGACACGGUGGCAAAGGUACAGGCCUACCUGCUGUUUUAUGAGCGUAUAUUUUAAAAUGCUUGCACUUACGUGGGAGCCCCCCUUUGUACUUGGUGAUAGUAGUAGUAGCCACUUACUGUCACGAACGUCAGCUACUCCUGCGGGUAGCUCGUAGGAGGAAAAGUAUGAGGAAAGCAACUCCAGUAAACCCGCACUGUAGUGCUGUUCUCUGAGUUUCAGUGGUAUCACAGCUCGAUUGGUAUUAUUUAAUAGAAGCGUUUGCACUCGGGCUGGCUGCAAUACACCACGUAGGAACCACCCGGCAAUAUCUUUUACUCAGGUGCCACCACAAUGGGGAAUGUCAACCAGUCUGCCGAAGCGAUGUACUGUGCGAAUACCUCUACCGGCGUUUGCAUUUCGUUGGCCUCACUACGACGGGUGCACAUGGUGAUUCCACCCCGCCACUGGUGAUAGUAUGCGAUGGGAUAACGUAGGCUUGGGCCCGGGACGGCGGACAGUGGAACGAUUCAGAGUGAGACGUGACCGUACGCGCUAGGAAAGCGCGCGCAGGAAGGCGCAGGAAGCAGGAAACGUGCAAUGUGUGAUCAUGUACAUAUGAUACUAAUAAUCUACUUAAUUCAACUCCUUCGGUUUCGAUAACAUAAAACAUCAUCCCCAACAUCAGCACCAGUAUGGUGCGAAACGCGAAGACAUACCUAUUGAAGUCUGUAAUAAUCGGCAGGGACGCUACUCGACUGUAGCUCUCGAUGGCUGGGAAAGAUGAAGAAUGCAAAAAAAGGAAAGAAAGAGAGAGGGAAAGAGAGAAAAAGAGAAAAAGCUAGUGUUUCGGUUUGGGAACGUGCAUGUGCAUGCGUUUAUUAGGCAGUCCACGUCGAGUCUACUAUUUCUAUGCUUCCCGGUCGGUUAUAGAAAAAUUGCCUCGAACUGCAUUUUCAUUUUUGUUUGUGGUAUUUAAUUUAACGUCAUCUCUGUGCGACUGGUACGUUAUAGGGUACGAAUGUUUCUGAAUGCAGGAUGCCUUACUCCUUAGCAUUUAAGUUGGAAUCUAAAUGCAACGUGCGUGCGCCGCUCUCUGCAUGAUUAUACGGCUACGCAACGCAACGUCCUUCGUCGAACUAGUGUAUUAAAGAAUUCUUGGAGCAAAUAAACAGUCCAAAAGUUGAA